AUGCUUGACCGCAGUAAAAGCCACCAGUACCACUACUACCAGCCAGGUAUUGGUACGUAUGUGACAUCCAAAUCGCUCUCCAGCCAUGGCCGGCUCCAGCGCAUCAAGUCGGCGUAUCAAAAGGCCAAGGACUCGGCGGUCGGCUCAUCCUUCGACGAGCAUGUCAUGGGUGGGUACAAGUUCCUGAUGCGAUACUAUUCCCCCGGCGACGAGAUCUAUUUCAUUGGUUUCAGUCGCGGCUCAUAUAUUGCGCGAUUCCUCGCGGAGAUGUUAGACUACAUCGGGCUCCUCGAAGCCGGAAAUGAGGAACUCGUUCGGUUUGCCUGGAAGACAUUUGCCAAAUGGCAACAGCGGUCUGACGACACCGAAGACGAGCGUAAGGAGAAGAAGGAGCUCUUCACAUACAUGAAGGCUUUCCGCGAGACAUUUAGUCGUCCCAUCUCGCGCAUUCGCUUCAUGGGUCUGUUUGACACUGUCAACAGUGUUCCUCGCUUCGAGUCCGCUUGGAUGCAGCGAACUAAGUUCCCCUAUACGGCGCGUAGCUCUGCUAAAGUCAUUCGCCACGCCGUCGGAAUUGAUGAACGUCGCGCGAAGUUCCGCCAGGACUUGAUUUCUGGUCCUCGUCCCCGCGAGAAGAAGCACCACAAGCACCGUCACCAUCUGCCCAAGAACCCGCUUGAGCAUCACAUGGACCGUCACCGCGACGAACACCAUCAUUUGCACCUCUUCCACCAGGACAAAGAUCGCAAGGCCUCCAAGGCCCAAGAAGAUCACCCAGAAGACCAUGUCCCUGCCAUUCGCUUCAAUGACAACCCGGUCGAAGAGAAGCCAGAAGAGGAAGAGAAAGCUCCCGAGUUCCAAGUUCCUGGAUGGGGACCCAGUGCCGGUGAAUCGUACUAUCACAGCGCACGCGCACACCGCGCACCCCACCAGGGCUCGCAGGCUGGAUCCCGCGCGCCCUCUCGCGCAGGAUCCCACACCGGAUCAUACGCUGGAAGCGAGCCCACCACGCUGCAGCCUCACCCAUACCGCGCACCCUCACCCCGACGCAGCCUCGCCGUGCCCAAGUCCUCAAUGGAGGAUCUGCACUCCGUGGCCAGCAAGGAAUCAUGCCAAAGUACACACUCCAACGUGCUCUCUGUCCAGAUUCCCGGCACCGAGGACGGUGAAAGCGAGGACGAGGAUGACCAGGAUAUUCACGAAAUCUGGUUCCCCGGCUGCCAUGCCGACAUCGGUGGUGGCUGGAAGCUCGCUGAUGGUGAGCUGUGGGCACUCAGCCAUGCGCCGCUGGUGUGGAUGACGCAGGAAGCCCACAAGGCCGGACUGGAGCUCGACGAGCGCAAGAUGAAGCAGUUCCAGUGUCUGGAGGAGUUCGAUGGGGACUACACGCCCAUCCAGCAGGAGAUCAAUGCUCGUCGACCCAGCCGCUGUCUGGAUGCCCAUACCGAUAAUCCGGAGGCAUUCCGUUCUCUGCCGAAUGAGAAAGAGCGCAGCGCAGCUAGUCGUGACUUCUGGCAUGCGCUCCACACGUCUAGUACCAAGGGUCUGAGUCACGAUUGUCUGCUGUUUGGCCAGGGCAUUCCCGCCAUGUCCGUCAUCACUUGGCGCAUCAUGGAGUGGCUGCCGUUCCGUCGGAUGGAUCUGCAGGCCGAUGGAUCCUGGAAGCCUAUCAGUUGGCCCCUUCCUCGGGGUGAAGUGCGUGAUGUUCCGCUCAAUGCCGAGAUUCACGUGUCUGCCAUUCGCCGCAUGCAGGCUGAUGCCAAAUACCGACCCGGCAAUGUCAUUGUUGGCGGUGGUGGCCGAGGUUGCCGGGUGGCCCCUGAAGAGUAUGGCAUGGGUGAGUGGGUGGUGUUCCGGAAUGAAGGCGAUCCCGUGCGUGAGACGUACGUCCGCAAAGAUCUUUCCAAGUGUAAAGAAGGCGAAGACGACGAGAACCCACAGAAGGUUCUUCGCCAUUGA